UUUCAGAUGCUGAAGGCAGGCACUGAAGGUGGGAAGUGACCCCUGCGCCAACAGCAAUGUGGUCCCUCCUGGCCUGGGUGCUCCUGUGCUGCUGUGGGUGAAGCAACGUCCAACGGCGGUGUUCCUCUGCGGGAUCUGGGGUGAGAAGUGAAGUUGACCAGCACGAAUGGGAGGUCGCUUUCGAAACAAAUCUGCCUGUUUCAAAAGGUGAGGUAGGGUAUUUUUCCUUACUUCUUCUGUAAGAAGAUUCGUCAUCUAGGGAGCUAAUGUUUUCCUACGUGAAAGGUGGUACCUGUUUGUGGCUAUGAUUGGUAGGGGUUUGUAAAUGAUCCCCAUUUACUUCUCAGAUCUGCUUCCUGUAUGUAUUUUAAUACCCUCUGGUGACUUGACUGCCUGCCCGCGUUGCUUGCUGUUAGCUCUGCAGGCUCUGAGCAGGCUGGGCAGGGGAGCGGAGGGCUGAUGUCCUUGUACAUCAGAAAUAAAUGCGGCUGGUUUUUCACGUUUCUGUGACGACACGUGAAGCAGGAGUAUCCAGAUGGUUUCCGAGCUCUUAGGUGAAGGUGCUUGUGCAGCCAACCAGAAAGAGUGCUGAAAGAAAGCCAGGCUGGGCAAAGGCUCUGGCUCCGCAGGAAGAUUACCAACAUCUGUGCCAAUUGAGAACAAGGUGCUCUUUCUGGUCAGUCAGAGCGCUACAUUCCUGGUUGUAAAUGAUACACCCAAUAAUGUCUGGUGCAAGCCAAAGCCCAUGCCCUUCACAGGCCAGCUGAAACAAACGUAAAUUCUAUUUAUUUGCAGGUGUACGCUGCUUUUUAAUGCAUCUCUGUAGGCUAAAUGAAAGCUGGACUGCUUUAGAAAUGUGUUUGUAGGCAUAUCUGAAUGAGAGCCUUUUGGUUACUAGUUCAGAGGUGUCUAGUUAUUAGUGCAUGUAAAAGAGAGAAGCGUUUUAUUGGCUUCAUUUUGUUUUAGAUCUUUAUUAGCGCCAGCACACAAGGUUUGCCUCAACCUUGUUUCAACCCCCUCCACCCUCGCAGCCUUCCGUCAAAGCUGGAUUAGAUUACAGAGGGAAUCUUCUCCACUGCAAAUGUGUGCUGCCUUGCUUUCAUUGCAUAAGAUCCAAGCGCUAGCAGUCGUUAGAUAAGUGUUGAUAGCAUGAGCUGGUGGAGCUGUGGUGUGGCUCCUUCCCGGCUGCCCCUUGCCUCUCAGGUGCUCGGGGUAUUGACGGUAGCCUUUACAAAGGACUUCUGCGAGGCACCGUGCUGUGCUGGGGGCGUGAUGAAGUAUUUGUGAAGGCGGAGGCUCCCUCCUUAGCAUGGAUAGCUGCGUACUCCAAAGUGCCUGCAGGGUUCGGGGAGCCUGGCUUGGUUUGUUUUCAGCUGGAGUGCUCGCACAGAAAAUGGCCAGACUCAGUCAGCUCCACCAGCCUAAUCUUGGCUAAGAGAUUCUGGCUGGAUCGCGUCUAUACAGAGCUCUAGGUAGGCUGGUUCCUCGCUGCGUGUGGCGGUGUGCCUGAUGGGAGUGGUGUCUGGCAGCCUCCUCUUCGGCUAACCUCACCAAGGUAGGUAUGCGUAACCUGCGGGAUGUUCUUUGGCCAACGUGUUUCCCUCGGGUUUUGUAUCGGUUGAGGCUGAUGGUAAGGAUGUUUCCAGUAACUACUGGAAGAAGAAGAAGAAUUUUUUUGUGCUUUCUGGUGUUUUCAACAUGUGUAUGUAGUUUCCCCUAGUGGCAUGAUAGGUGCCGUGUGAUUUGGUUUAUUUUGAUCCAGCAGUUCUUUCCAAGGUAGAUCUCGAAAAUAAGCCUUCAAUUGGUAGUGGACUUGCACAAGAACCACAGGAUGUAGGGCACAGUUCAUAAAAUUGCUUUAAAGUCUACCAGGAAGAGAGGAGCUGCUGCGAAGGUAAGGUAAUGAUUCUUUAGCAAUAUAGAUGUUGGCUGUCCUUGCUUGGGGUUUUCCAUUGCCAGUUAAUGCUUUACGUGGAGGUGAGAUACUGGAGAUAGAUGGAGGUUUCUAAACCAUCAUCUUCAGUCACCUGAGCUGACAGGGGCUAUAUCCUAUCAGCAGCGUCCCAGGCAGCUGAGCCAUCCACUUUCUGUGCAAAAUGGAAAACAGAGGUGCAUAUAUAAAGCUGACAAUUUGUUAUGUUAUAUUGGCAUAUAACUCGUGGAUACUCAAAAGGUCGAUCCUUAGGGUGCAAGUCAGCUCUUAGCUGAUUAUAUCCUUUAGGAAACAAUUCCUCGGUUUGAUGUUUGUAUCAUGAGGUAUUAGUGCUCACCAUGAAGGCAGCUAAAGGCUCUAUUCUUCCAUAGAUUAGCUGGAGCGUAACUAGUUCUUCAAAGAGCAGGUCAAUAAGUAGCACGUAUUCUUAUCUAAAAACAUAAUGUAUGUACAUGUUCUGAUUCACCUCUGAUUUUCACGGUAGGAGCCCUAAGAGCUGCAAUAAUGCCUAGUAGUCCAAUUCCAAGGUAGGGUAUGCUACCAUGGAGCGGGGGGGAGGUUCGUUUUUUUCUUUUUUCUUUUCCCAGCUACAUACCAGACGUACAAAGUGCCAGAUUCUGAUGAGAGAAAUGUAGUUCUCAUGGUAUGAGAUCGCUGUUUGGGAAACAAGGAGUGGACAAUGUCAGGACAAUGAUUAACAUUUGCUGUGCUUUGGACCAGGGCUUAGCAACGUUUGGAGUACUAAAAGCUGGAAGUGCUAACACCAGCACUUCCGUGGCAUCCUUCUGAGAAUCUCUCUGUUCUUAAUGAAUUUUCAGUGCCUCUCUGUGAGGCUGGUAUUAUUAGUGUCAUUUUGCAGACAAGUAGAUAAAAUAAAAUGCUUGUAUAAGCACAUUCUGCAAGCCAGGAAAAUUCCUGAGUAAAAUUCAGGAAUAUUAGUGUUUUGACCAGUUCUUGAGCUACCACCUUGAACUUUCUCUUUCGCCAGAAAAGAGGCUAGGGGCAUUACUUGCGGUAGCUUUUUUCUUGUUAGGUUAGGAACCCUGAAAGUGAGACAUUAUGCAACAUAUCUAAGUAUGCAUGUGAUACUUGAAAAAAUGGUAAUCAGAUAAGUUGCUAGGCGACAGUACCCUGCCUUCAAUUACCAAAAAGCCAGUGACUUUGCUUUCAUGAUGUAAUGUGUUCUGUACUUCUUCAUAAAGCAAGUGUAGGUGGAGUUUUGUGAGAGUUGCUCCUUUUAACUCUCCUCCUGCUCAACUGCCAUCCUGCAAGGUCAGGUUUAACCCCAGUUUUAGAAGAAAAAACUUCACAGAACCUGAAAUCAACAGGAAAAAAUGUUUGCUGAGCUCUUCAAGGUAAUGAAGUUUAUCUAAGUGUAUAUAAGUAAAUAACCUUCUGUCCCACGGGAUUUCACCAGCUUGUGGGAAGUAGACCAUAGCUCAUCCCUGGGAACAUGAUAAGGAAAAGGGUGAGAGAUUCAUGCUAAGAGGUACGUGGCAGGGAUAUGUGGCAAGCUGUGAGGAAACCUUAAACACAGAGACCCGUUUGCCCCAAAGUACUGAGAGCUGUGGCAAUGCACGAGAACCCAUGUGUAAAGCCAGCUGGUUCGUUUUCACUGCUGUAGCAGGGAAGGAAUGGAGGGAACAUCAGCAGUGAGGUGUAUGUGGGGAAACAGUCAGUGAGACUCUAAUAGUACGAGACAGAGCUACCAGCACAGGGGAGUGUGUGUGUGUGUAUGAAACCUGACUUUUUUUUUCUUUUUCUUUUUUUUUUUUUUUUUUAAAGACAGAUUGCAGGAUAACAACAACAAGAAAUAAAGGCUCUUGGCAGUUAUUCCAGGCCCGUUUCUGCUUUUUGGUGAUAAAUGGCCACAGAAGCAUUUGCAGAUACUGGAGAGUGUGUUCAGCCUUGUGGCAGACAGUGGGGUGUAUCCGUGACAGUUUAUCAUCUGCGAUAGGAGAUGGGAUCUGUUUCUUAUCUGAACAAAGAAGCAAACCAGGUGGCCCCGAGGCACAGCCCGUGGGUUAGAUGCAAUAGCGCACUUUCUAGUGCUCAGGUGCUCAAACACUCUGAGAUUCAUCAGGAUAAUGUGAAGAUCCCAUUUGUUACACAGUCUGGCACGUAAAUGUUCCUGCUCUGUAACGUCUUCACAUGCGAUUAAUCCAGAAAACGUCUAUGUAUAGACAAGCCCUCCGAGUGUAAGAUCUGUGAGGCUGAAGCUAGUACGAUGCCGGAUAUUUUUGUGUUGGAACUGGCACCUCAAGGUGUGACUUAUGUGAAAACCAGGAGCGUGGCAUCCUAAAUAUCAGUGCUUGAAGAGAUGGAGACGCUCGCGGGCUCUGCUCGCUGCCUGAGCCUGAUGCAGAGGCGAAAGGCGGUCUCCUCGCCAGAGCAGGGGAGAAGCAGCAGCGCACGUGUCCCCCAAAACGGCUGGGGUGGGGGGCAGUGGCGGGGACCUGCCUAUGUGAAGGCAUGGGGUGGGGGGGGAGAGACGAAGAAAUAAGAGAUGCUGGGAGAAGCGAGGAGGUGGGGGAGAUGGGGAGGCAAUGUUAGGAGAAGGAGAAUUGGGAUGAAAAGGAGUCAGCAGCUUACUUAAAAAAAAAAAAUUGGUUGAUUGUCGAAGAAAAAUAUAUAGAGAGAACGUUUUCUGGUAGACCCUUCAAGGGUUAACUGAGACCUUCGCUGAGAUGGUAGCAGUGAGGAACCUGUUGUCACUGGCUCCAGUGAAGUUGCCCCGGUGUUUGCUGUGGCUGGGAUCCAGAAGGACAGUGAAGAGCGGAAAGACCCAGCCCGGGCAGAGGAGAGGCAGCUGCCAGGAGCCAGCCCGGGCGAGGGGCAGGAAGGCUGUCUGGUCGGCGUAUUAGCUGUUGGUCACACGCAGCGGGCUCGGAAGCGGCAGGCGUCUGAAGCGGCCUGGACCUGCUGGAGACAACCUGGCUGCUCUGCGGAUGCUGUGAGCCAGGAGCAAAGCGGGACCCAGAAGCGGGAGAGCUCCAGGAUUCCUCCCCAGAAGAGAGUGCCUGCUGGGGUGCGUGCAGAAGGAUGGCUGCGGCAGAGCCUCUGACCGCUUUCUCCCGAUGGUACCUCUAUGCCAUUCACGGGUAUUUCUGUGAGGUGAUGUUUACGGCUGCUUGGGAAUUUGUGGUCAACUUUAACUGGAAGUUCCCAGGUGUUACCAGUGUGUGGGCGCUCUUCAUCUAUGGCACCUCCAUCCUCAUCGUGGAGAAGAUGUAUCUGUAUCUCAAAGACAAGUGUAACAUUUUGCUGCGCUGUUUCAUUUACACCCUUUGGACAUAUCUCUGGGAGUUCACCACUGGCCUCAUCCUACGCCAGUUCAAUGCCUGCCCGUGGGACUAUUCCCAGUUUGAUUUUGACUUCAUGGGCCUGAUCACCCUGGAGUAUGCCAUUCCUUGGUUUUGUGCUUCUUUCAUCAUGGAGCAGCUGGUGAUCAGAAACACCCUGCGCUUGCGAUUUGAUGAGACUGCUGAGCCAGGGGCCCCCACUCUCCCCGUAGCCUUGGCCAACGGCCACGUGAAGACAGAUUGAACAGUGACUCAGAACCACGGUUAGCAAUCUGAGAGAGCCCAGACCUCUACCACAAACUGUCGGCUCUGGCUUUGAGGUACUGCUCCUAUAGCUGUAUGAUAAGAUUAAUAAACCCCAUUUUUCUAAUGGGGUUGUGCAUGGGAUAUACCGGAAAAAAUGGAACCAAUAGAUUUUCUAUGGAUUUUACUCUUUGGGCUCCAAGGACCAAUAUCAGUUACUUGUUAGUUAGGUCAUUUCUGAUUUUAACUUAUUACAGAUGAAAGCAGUUCUUUGGCUUACAGUUUCAUGUGGAGAAAGAAGAAAAGAAGUGCUACAGUGGAAAUGCAUUCAAAAAGGAAAAACAUAAUCAGUGGAUGGGCAUGGACACGCCAGCUAAAUUAGUGAUUGGCUUACUCCAUUAGGCAAUAUUCAGGUGCUUGCUUGCAACCAAUACCUCCUGUGGGACCUGAGAUGCUGCAGGAACAAGGAAAAUCUAUCUGCUGAUAAGAGGAACCUAAGACUGGCAGUCUGCUGGGGAGGUAGAUGGUGUUCCCCUCUUCAGGUCCCAUUGGCCUCCCCCAAGGUUCUUUGUUGCACCACAACGUGAUCUGGUGCUGGACAUCUUACUGAAUUUAUACAAAUCUUGUACUUCUUGAAAUCUCAGUCCUGAUACUCACUAGAUUUUUUUUUUUUAAAUAAAGGCCUUUUCUUGCCGAGUGAAUUUUACCAUAAUCUGUGCAAUCUAAAUCUUGGCAAAAGGCACAAGAAAUAGCAUAAGUCUUCCCAUCUCCUCUGUCUCCCCAAAGCAGAACUUGUCUGAAGGGCUGCUGCAGAUUCCAGCUCCCAUCCCAAUCAUGCAAAUCUUGUAGAGACUGUACGCACCACAAGAGUUUUCUGCCUGCCUUCCCACAUCUGUUUCUGGUGAUGUUGGUGGCUUAGUCUGGCUGCAACCUAUUGUACUUGACCAAAGGUCAAAAUCUUCAUGUGGCUAAAGUGGUACCCACGAUUCAGUGCUCCGGCACUGACUGUCACCUCCUUCAGCACUGGGCAGAACUGAGCCAGGACUCAGUGUUCUCCUCAGUGUUUCAAGAGGAUUUGCUUUUCCUUCCCAAAAUCUAUUUUCAAUAACCACAGCAAACCUUUCUCAUGGCAAUUACUGGAGGCAGCAAAAGAUGUGCUGUGCUGUCUGAUAUAGGGGGACACGUUAUUUUAAAAGACAAACAAACCCCUCCUUGAAGAGCACUGAGUGAGUUAUGAGGUUCCAGUGAGGGCAGCAGUAGAGCUGGAGGUGCAGGAGUGCAGUGGCUCCCUUUCAGAGCUACCUGCAUGGGGGCAGUUUGAAAUUUGUCCUAUUGACAGCAUUUAUGGAGUAUGGGGAAAGCUGCAAUGCAAAGAAGGUGCUUGAUACUGGCAGCCACAGAUUAAAUCAUUUGCUUUGGUAAGUCUGUGCUGCCAGUGUCAGCCAUGAACGUGGAGUUUCCAUCUGUCAGAUGUACCUCACUCCUAACAGCUUUAAGAGGCAGGUUCGCUGUAAUGGUCCUGUAGGGCCAGAUUAAUUUUGUGUUUUCUUCCAUCACAGUCAACUGAGCUGCAGAAGGGAUGAAUUUAGCUUGAAAUGCAAGUGUGCUUGUAUGGUUGUAGGGUUCCACUCCUGUGAUGGAAGUGGCCAGGUUCUUUCUAUGUUGGUCCUCUGAGAGGGCGUGCUUGGCUGUGUAGCUGCUCCUUGCUCUGGGGCAUCCAUUCCUGAGGGGAAAAGCACUUCUGGCCCUGUGAGGGGAAUUAUUUGUUGGUUCUGCUCUUAGGAAGGCAGUGAUAAUCCUUUUUGUAUCACACAGAGUGCAAUUAUUUUAUUCCUCUCCCCACCCCCUUCUCACAUGACAUCCGUUGCUGGCAACGGGCACACAAAAACAGUGGCGUCAAGGAGUUAAUCAAAUCUGCCCUGGGGUGUGUAGUGUCUCCUGAAGCACUCUGAAUACGUAGGUGGGUAUUUAGAGUUCCCUUUUUAGAGAUCAUUAAAUUAAAAGAGAACAAACACUGAACAGAUUCUUUUUUCUUGCUGUGAUGCCAGUAUUACGAAAUCAGAGAAACAGUAUGUUGUUUAUCAGCCUUGAUGGUCUCAGGUGUGUAGACCAAGGCAAAAUAGUCACCUGACAUUGUACAAGAGGCAAAAAGGAGAAACCCUCAGCUUCAUCCUUAGGAUCAUCCUUACAUCAUUAGGACAUCCUUAGGAUCCGUGCUUUCUCCUUAGCUGUUACAAAGCUCUUAAAAGGAGUUAGCGAGAUCGUUUGGUGACUCUGUACCAGCUGCAGAUGAGACUAAGGGAGGAGGAGUUCACAGAGCUAACCUGGUUAUGCAGUCAUGUGUCCCCGCUAAAUGAUGUGGUUCUUUCACAGUGAUAUAAUAUUUCAGUGCUCAAAUUACGGAUGGGUUUCCCAGCAGCAUAUGAUACCUUAUUCCAUUAUCCUUAUUGUUUAUGCCAUUGUAACAACUGUUUUAGUUUGCUUUCCAGUAAUGUCUGAUGUACCACCUAGAUAUUGCAUCCUCAUAGAGUUGUAAUUUACACCCAGAAGUGCACUUUACUUGCAGCUUGCACACCAGAAACAGAAAGGGACCCAGCAAAUUCUUAAUUCAAAUAAUUCCCUGGACAGCUCAUGUUAUCACAGGGUUUGUUUUACUACCUUGUACCUAAUGCAGCAGAGUUAGCUAGACUUCUCCUUUCUGAGCAAUGUGGCUUUGUCUCUUCUGCAAAAUCUCCCUUUUUAAUACGUGUCAUGCUUCUGAUAACAUCUUACAGGGGAAGUGCCCAGAGCACAUUACUGGGAUCUUGGUGGCAGCUCAGCAUGAGCUCAGGAGCUGGACUGAAGUUAUAGAGACAUUUACAUUAUGAAAAAGAAAACAAAACAAACAAACAAAAAACAACAACAAAAAAGAACGCACAAGGCCUAACAAUUUGUUUGUAUGUGUAUCUUCCUCAGCAGAUUAAAGUUGCCUGUUUUGAGUUCACCAGCAAUAAAAAAAAAAAAAAAAAACACUUGUGAUUUAUCCACCUUGUCCAAACUCUGCAGCAAGGAGAAAGUGGCCCAUUGCUGCUUUUUUGGGAGGGUGGUGGGUGGUGGGAUACGGGCUUCAGUUACCCGAGGUUCUACUUUUGCCUCCCUUGUCUUGCUUAUCUCCUGUACUGUCCACACUAAAGGAUGUCGAAGUACUUCCUAAAAUACAGUCCGGUGUCCUCGGCGCAAGGGGGAGUUCAAGCAUUGUCGUGAUGUCUGUGCAUAUUGCAGUGAUCUUGCUGGAGGGAAGUGGUUGGUUCAAAGCAGGGCGAGGCUGCAUGUUGGUCUUUGGUGUUAUAGUUGAGAGAAAUGUGUACAUAUGUACCAGGUAUUAUUAUGCCUUUGGUCUGAAUGCAUUUUGUAAUUAAAGCAGAAUAAUCCAAUCAA